CAUUUGAUCUGUUGGGUAGCUUCACUGAGGGAAGAGAAGAGCCAAAAAUGAGCUCAAAGAAACUUCAGAACCUUGGUUGGAGUUACAGAUCCCUAGAGGAAACUCUCAUCGAUUCCAUUGAAAGCUAUCGAACUGCUGGACUUGUGGACUGGCAAUGGCUUUAUGCACUCUUAUAUGUCAUUUCAAUUGAAGACUGGAUAAUUUUCACAAUAGAAGGUGCUGGAGGGUACCUUGCCUCUUGGGUCAUCAAGUUUCUCCUCUCUAGGGACUACGUUGUCCAUGGCACCGUCAGAGAAUCCGGAGACGACAAGAAUACCCAUCUGAAUGAACUUGAGAAAGCAUCUGAAAAUCUUAAACUUUUUAAGGCAGAGUUAAUGGAUUAUGAGUCCCUUCUUUCGGCCAUUGAAGGCUGCAGUGGUGUCUUCCAUGUUGCCUCCCCAGUGUUGAUGCCCUCCUCUUUUUCAAAUCCGGAGGCAACUGUAAAGGGCACCCUUAAUGUGCUUAAGGCAUGUCUUGAGGCCAAGGUUAGACGGGUUGUUGUUGUGUCCUCUCGAGCUGCCAUUUCAUUUAACCCUAAAUGGCCCAAGGGGAAAAUCAUGGAUGAGACUUGUUGGUCUAAUAAGGAAUACUGCAAAGCUGAGAAGUUAUGGUACAAACUUUCAAAGACAGAAUCCGAGAUUGAAGCUUUGAAGUUUGCCAAAAGCUCCGGGCUUGAUGUUGUGACAAUUUGUCCUUCCCUUAUUUUGGGGCCAAUGCUACAAUCUACCAUUAAUGCAAGCAGCUGGACUCUCAUUAACCUUUUGAAAGAGGAGCAUGAAUCAUUGGAAAACAAACUCUGGAACAUAGUAGAUGUGCGCGACGUGGCUGAUGCAUUGCUUCUGGCAUAUGAGAAGCCUGAGGCUGAAGGCAGAUACAUAUGCACAGCUGAUGCAAUCAAGUCCAGUGAUCUACUUGAUAAAUUAAGGACUCUGUAUCCUAACUGCAAUUAUCCUAAAAGAACUUCAAACUUGCUUGUCUUUCCUAGCAGAUUCACUGAAGGAGGAAAAGAUGAAUUGCUGAGUUCAGGAAAGCUGCAGAGACUUGGGUUCCUUGCUUCUUGGGUUGUCAAGCUUCUCCUCUCUAAAGACUACGCCGUCCACGGCACUGUCCGUCAGCCAGGAGAUGAAAAGUAUGCCCAUUUGAAUAAACUUGAGAAAGCAUCUGAGAACCUCAAGCUCUUCAAGGCUGACUUACUGGAUUAUGAUUCUCUUUAUUCAGCCAUUGAAGGCUGCAAUGGUGUUUUCCAUGUUGCCUCCCCUGUGCCAUUCACCACUGUUUCAAAUCCUGAGGUGGAAGUGAUUGAACCAGCUGUAAAGGGCACGCUUAAUGUACUUAAAGCAUGUCUUGAAGCGAAGAUUAAGCGAGUUGUCUUUGUCUCCUCUGGAGCUGCAGUUGCAUUGAAUCCUAGAUGGCCAAAGGAUCAAAUCAAGGAUGAAACUUGUUGGUCUGAUAAGGAAUACUGCAAAACAACAAAGAAUUGGUAUUGCUUUUCAAAAACGGAAGCAGAGAGUGAGGCUUUGGAGUUUGCCAAAAGCACUGGACUUGAUGUUAUAACUGUUUGUCCUACUCUUAUUUUGGGGCCAAUUCUACAGCCCACUAUCAAUGCAACCAGCAGGUUUCUCAUCAAGAUUUUGAAAGAGGGGUGUGCAUCAUUGGAAAACCGGAAUCUUAUGAUCGUAGACAUUCGAGAUGUGGCUGAUGCACUGAUUCUGGCAUACGAGAAGCCUGAGGCUGAAGGCAGAUACAUAUGCACAGCUCACCAAAUCAGAUUACGUGAUGUGGUUGAUAAAUUGCGUAGUCUGUAUCCUAACUACCAUUAUCCUAAAAGCUUCACUGUUGGAGAAGAAGGAAUGCUGAGUUCAGAGAAGUUGCAGAAACUUGGUUGGCAUUAUCGACCCGUGGAAGAAACUCUUGUUGAUUCCAUUGAGAGCUAUAAGAAAUCUGGAAUCUUGGAUUAGAUGGUCACCAUAGGAAGAAUGAUUGCUCAGAGUCUUUUAUUUGUCACAUUUGAAGGGUAUGAUGGACAAAACAGAGUAUAAACAGGAUAUUCUGUA